AUGGUGCUAAGAAUGGCGAUUCUCACUGACGAUGCCGACUACGAUGCCGGCGACACGUUUGGGGAUGUACCACGUCCACGGUUCAACUUUGGAAAUGAACAUGCAGACAAUGGACUUCGGACCAGGUGCGUUCCUCUAAGUCUUCCUACCAAUAUGACCAUGUUGCGAAAACAGGGUCAAACAACCUCUAAACAUCAUUUGUGCUUACCUUAUAGACUCAAGGAUAGCGAGCGUGUUGAGCCGCAUGCAAAAAGGAGGCGACUGAACUAG